UAAAUAUAAAAAACGGGAAGAGAAAAAAAAAAAAACUAAAAAGAAUGAGGGGAAAAAAGGACGAAGUGGGAUCACAGGAGCAUUAGUUCACUGUCUCUCCCCUGGGUCCUCCCUCCUCUCCUCUUCUUCUAGUUCUUCUUCUUCCUUUUAUUUUCUUCUAUCGCCGCACCAUGAUCUGCCGUUGGACUUUCUCCAAUUAGGUUUUUAUUAUUUUUUGUCUCGGUUGCUUGUCAUGGCUGAAGAUAAGGAAAUGUCUGCCCCUGUUGUGGACGGGAACGAUCCAGUCACCGGUCACAUUAUUUCCACAACGAUUGGGGGCAAAAAUGGAGAACCUAAACAGACCAUCAGUUAUAUGGCAGAGCGCGUUGUGGGCACGGGAUCAUUUGGGAUUGUUUUCCAGGCAAAAUGCUUGGAAAGGGGGGAGACUGUGGCUAUAAAGAAGGUUUUGCAAGACAGAAGAUAUAAGAACCGUGAACUACAAUUGAUGCGUGUGCUGGAUCAUCCGAAUGUGAUUUCCUUGAAGCAUUGUUUCUUUUCCACGACAACUAAAAAUGAGCUUUUUCUUAACUUGGUUAUGGAAUAUGUACCGGAGAGCUUGUAUAGGGUUUUGAAACAUUACAACUGUGCAAAUCAAAGAAUGCCACUUAUCUAUGUCAAACUUUACACAUACCAGAUAUUCAGGGGGCUUGCAUACCUUCAUAGUGUUGUUGGAGUUUGCCAUAGGGAUUUGAAGCCUCAAAAUCUUUUGGUUGAUCCUCUGACUCACCAGGUUAAGAUUUGUGAUUUUGGAAGUGCAAAAGUUCUUGUCAAAGGUGAAGCUAACAUUUCAUACAUAUGUUCGCGUUUCUAUCGGGCUCCAGAACUUAUCUUUGGUGCCACUGCAUACACAACCUCAAUUGAUAUUUGGUCAGCUGGUUGUGUUCUGGCUGAACUUUUGCUGGGCCAGCCAUUGUUCCCUGGAGAGAAUGCUGUGGACCAGCUUGUUGAGAUUAUCAAGGUCCUAGGUACACCCACUCGGGAAGAAAUUCGCUGCAUGAAUCCCAAUUACACGGAUUUUAGGUUUCCCCAGAUUAAAGCGCAUCCAUGGCAUAAGGUUUUUCACAAAAGGAUGCCUCCUGAAGCAAUUGAUCUUGCUUCACGACUGCUUCAAUACUCACCAAGUCUUCGCUGCACAGCUCUUGAAGCAUGUGCACAUCCAUUCUUUGAUGAGCUUCGAGAACCUAAUGCUCGCCUACCAAAUGGGCGACCUUUGCCACCACUUUUCAACUUCAAACAGGAAUUAUCUGGGGCUUUGCCGGAGCUUAUUAAUAAGUUGAUUCCAGAUCACGUGAAACGGCAAAUAGGGCUACAACAUUUCAUGCAUCCAGCUGAGACAUAAAACUUUAAAAGUGAUAUAAGAUUUGGAUCUCCUAGUUGAUGCGUUACACAACGGAAAUUACUAUCUUUGGAUAACCAACCAUUGAUUGAGGCUUGUCCAGCAUCAUUUUCUAAUCUUACAUGAUGGGUACUGUCUCUGGCAGCUGCAUGGCGGCCUUCUGUUGAUCUUUCUACUUCUUCUCUUUCUCCUUCAUUCUAUGAGUUUACUUUUUUAUUUUUAUUUUUAUUUUGUCAAAAGGCCUUUUUUGUUAUGUACAUGUAACAUGCUUGAUACUAAAAGAUAGACCAAGGUGGACAGACCAGAAAGCUGCUAGUGGAAGAAAAGUUUGUAUUCGUUGGUGGGAAGGUCUCUGAUAGAAAUGGCCCGAAGAUAAGGGGUGGGCUAGAUGGUUUUUGAGUUUUGGUUACGGGCAUUUGUUCUUUUGUUAUUAGUUAUUGUGGUGUUUUGUGGUGGCUGACUUCAAAUUGCAGACAAUUAUUGUUACUGUUUGUGCAAAGUAAUGUUAUUACUCUUCUACUACCA